AUGCAAAGAGUUAAACCAUUUACCUCAUGUAGUACGAGAAGUUAGAUAUUUUAAUAAAAGUACAAACCGUUGAAUGCUGAAAGGACUUAGGAGACAGCGAAAUCUUCUAAAAAACCUAAUGAUGAUGAUUUUGAUAUUUGA